AUGGCGGGAGUAGGAGAGGCAGCAAGCAUCUUGACUCUUGCAAUCUUCGCCUUUGACAUCAGCAAAAAGCUAUAUGAGGCCGUUUCCAGUUUCGAAAGUCGACGGACGGAUAUCCUAGAAGUCCAAAAUAGCCUCACUUCCCUUGCCUCCGUGCUCGACCUGGUCCGACAGCAGAUACAGGACUCGGGCGACGAACGCAAAUACGAGCCUCUACGUCAGCCGAUGCAGUGCUGCAAAUCGACGUGUGAGGACAUGCAAAACAUGUUGGAUGCAUGCACUCAACAUACGAAUGAUGUCCAUGCCAGCGUUCGCGACUGGCUCAAGAUGCAGUUUCAUGGGAAGAGCUUCGCCGAUAUGAAGCAGCGGCUUGCGAGCUAUAAGUCGACGCUGAGUAUUGCGUUUGCAUCCAUCAAUAUUCAAGACCACCGUGCGACACAAGAAUCUUUAACGGAGAUGAAAGGUCUGAUUAAAGGAACGAAGGAAGACCUGAAUGAUCAGGUAGAGAAGGUUGAAGAGGCCAUUCACGAUGCAGCGGAGUCGUUACAAGAUCGUCUUCGAGCCGAUAGUGCACAGUUAAAAGGUGCUCUUCAAACUCUCGCGCAAGCACAGCAAGUGGCGAGUACUACACGCCCGCAAAUUGUGGUUAAGCAGAAUCGAGCAGGGAAAGACAGUCGCGCAAUCUUCGGCACAGACGUUUUGCAAUCCCCUUUUGAUCUGAGGGUGUCGGGCAAUGUGGCAGAAGAGAGGGCGACUAUGGCCGCUGGCGUCCACAGCUCAGAAUCCUUGCAGGCACUAUUGCGUGCGUCUGGAAAACCAGAGGUGGUCCUUGUGAUGCAGACACUACAAGGUCAACUGCGCAGACCCGACACAGACAUGCCACAAGAUGGUACGAGCAGGUCAGAGCUCAUUACCGCAAAGGAGCAACAUGCCAGGACAAUCUAA